AUGACCCUGCCCAUCAGGUUGUCUCUCUGGGGAGAUAAUCCUGGGGGAGGAGACCUGUGGGACGUCUUAGGAGAUCAUGCACUACCCCCCCUGACACCACCCGCCUCCAGCCUACCUCCCGGCCUGUCACUUGCUCCCACAUCAGUCAGCCCCAGGUUUUUAGAAGCGGGGGAAAAAUCGCGUCAAGAAGCCACCUUUUCCCUUGCCCUCCCAAUGCCCUCAUCAAGGGUUGAAAUGGAACUUGCCACUCCUCUUACUUCCCUUUAUAAACCCCUCAUUUGCAACAGUCUAAGUGCCCAUCACAAGGAAACCGCAUUUGUUCCGCCAUCAAAACCCCCAACCCCCCGCCUCAUUCGGCGAACUAACCAUCGCCAUUAUUUUCCGUUGCCCACCCUGCUGGUGAAAUCUUUGCGCCGACGGGGGCUUACCAGCCCUCGCCCCAGCAUUGACACUGGGCAGUUGGCAAUGCCUCCUCUUCCCCCAAACACUGCCUCGUCGCUUCCUCCUUCGCCCCGCCCACCCGACAAGCGAAAUCCUCCUCACCAGCAUCUUCAUGAUUUCAAGAAAGUUUACGACCUGGUGGACCCACUAGGGUCAUCUAAAAACCAGCAGUUUCCCAGGACUCAGGGAGUCCCUCCCCCCCUGGCUGGCAGACUUUCUCCCAAAAGGGCAACAGCCGUGUGCGUCGGGUCAAGUCUCCACCCUUCUGCCACUCACGGGCGGAGUCCCCCAGGGGAUAGAAGGGGCCCCCCAUGUUUCCCUAUCAUGUUUAAACGAUGCUCUCCUCGAUACCGAGCUCGCCCACCUCCCUCGCCGCUCAUACUCAACCUCACUGCGCAGUUUGGUCUAAAAAUUUCUGUCCAUCCACGCCACCGGACCUGCUGCCCCCCGACGCGCCGCCCCCUCGCCGGGGGCCCCCGCGCCGCCAACAAAAUGGCGCCCAUCAGGGCCCGCACUGACCGAUACCACCCGGGCACAGUACCCCUCUAG